AUGGGUUUGAUGAACUGGUUGUGGGAACAUCAUCAGUUUUUAAUGCACCAGUGUUUUUCACUUCCAUUUGCAUUUUUGUUUUAUUUUCUAGCUAAAUGGGGAUAUCUGUCCUUGAGAUGCAGGUACCUGUUUGUUUCUAUUGGAGGGUGUGUCCUGGCAGUUGUCACGAUGGGCAUUUACAGCACACUUCUGUUUACCUCCACCUUUGCCUUUAUUCUGCUUGUGUGCUCUGUGGACUCCAGCUCUAUCCACGCCUGGGUGUUCAGUAUGCAGAUGCUGUGGCAAACCUUUUGGCACCUGUUUAUACAGUACAGGGAAUACUACCUACAUGAACCUGUCUGCAUCAGAUUGUUUUUGGCAGUGUCCUCUUUGAUGCUGCUCACUCAAAGGAUCACCUCACUGUCCAUGGACCUACAGGAGAAACGAGUUCUGACAACUUUUAAUGCUUUAUCUAAAAGAAAUCGGCGUGUGAUGCUCCUCCCUCUUAUUAGCUACAUCCUUAAUUUCACAACAAUGCUCGGAGGCCCUUUGUGCUCCUACAGCCGAUUUGUGACCCUAAUGGCAGAAAUCAGGUUCAACCAUCCACCUAAUCCACUAGGAGUGGUCCUUAUAAAGUUGACAAAGGUGAUGCUGCUGGAGUGUCUAAGGUAUUGUCUUGUCUAUUUUCUAAAACAUAAUGCCUAUAAUCCCUCCAAAUCCAUCAUUAUCUAUGGUCUCCUGUGGGUUUGGUGUCUGGCAUUGGUUUUGAGAAUCCAAUAUUAUUCUCACUGGAGGAUCAGUGAAUGCCUCAAUAAUGCAGCUGGGUUUGGCUUUGGGGAAAAUGUACCAGGAGUCUCCCCAGACUGGAGCAGACUAUCUGAUGGAGAUUUCUGGAUAAUCGAGGCAUCAAACCGCAUGUCACAAUUCGCCCGUCGAUGGAAUGCCACCACAGCUUCAUGGCUGCGCAGACUUGUUUAUACGAGAUGCAAACGUUUCCCGUUGUUCAUGACUUUCAGUUUCUCACUGUGGUGGCAUGGUUUGCAUUUAGGUCAAAUUGUGGGAAUGUUGACAUGGGCAGCAACAGUGAAAGCAGAUUAUCAUAUACACAGGUGUUUAUGGCCUAAACUUUCAUCAUCAUGGAGGAAAAUAUACACUUGUCUAAGCUGGAUAAACACUCAAAUGAUUGUUUCAUGUAUUGUUAUAGCAGUAGAAAUAAGAAAUAUGUCUGGUUUGAGACUAUUGUCUACAACAUACAUUGGCCUAUUUCCACUUUUUAAUAUAAUUCUGCUCUUUAUCCUGCAGAAGUUGAAGUUUACUAAGGAAGUCAUGUAA